CCGAGGGGUUCAGGGGCAGAAUGCAGAGACCGGGCAGGAUGCUGUGGCCGCUAUUUCUGACCCUCCCCUGCUUGGGGGGCUUCAUGCCUGUGACCUCAGACCCUGGCCCAGGCGGUGAGCUGGUGGGCAUCGUGGGAGGGCACAAUGCCCGCCCUGGGAGGUGGCCAUGGCAGGUGAGCCUGUGGCACCGGUUCCAGGCAGAUAACAAGUGGACCUUCUGCUGUGGGGGCUCCCUCAUCCACCCCCAGUGGGUGCUGACCGCUGCCCACUGCAUUUCAGGGAAAAACCCAGUGCCUGGGCACUUCAUGGUCCAAGUGGGACAAGUGACACUCUCAAACGAUCACAAAGUGCCAGUGUCUGCGGUCAUCUGCCACCCCAAGUACAACUUUACACAGGGGGUAAAAAGUGGGGCCGACGUGGCACUUCUCAAGCUGAAGGCGCCCGUGAGACUGUCCAACCUGGUCAACUGUGUCACCCUCCCACCAGCGAGUCUCACAGUCCCCCCAGGCACGAGGUGCUGGGUGACAGGCUGGGGUCACAUUGCUGUCAAUGAACCAUUGCCCCCACCCCACCACCUACAGGAGGUGGAGGUCCCCAUCGUGGCAGACAAAAUCUGCAGGCAGCAGUACCGCCUGAUCGGAGACUUUAUCAAGGCCGACAUGCUGUGUGCGGGGAGCAAGGGCCGGGACUCCUGCCAGUGUGACUCUGGGGGCCCCUUGGUCUGUAACUGGAGGGGCACCUGGUUGCAGGUUGGAGUGGUGAGUUGGGGUGAAGGCUGCGGCCUGCCCAACUUUCCUGGAGUCUAUGCCCGAGUGACAUCCUUCUUGUCCUGGAUCCAUGGCUACCUCCACUCCUCUACUUGAGCCCAGGACGUGGACAAGGAUGCUGCCCACAUGCGAUGGAGACAGUCCCUCUAGGGCACCUGGGGACCCUCCCGGCUCCUUCCCCGAAGCUAGCUCUUCAUUGCAUCUACUGCCCCUCCAAGCCCCUGCUCUGAGAUCCUUCUGCCUCUGCCCCCUCCUUCAGCAUUCCGUCCCUCCCCUGACAGGUAGAAGGGAGAGGCGGGGCUGGGGCCGGGGUGGGAGGCAGCAUCCCAGGACUCCGGCCCACUCUGUAGCUCAUUA